AUGAACAUUGAAGGUCAUGCCAGAAACUUUGAAACACAUGAACUACCAGCAAUGUUAGAUAAGAAAGCUGACAAAGAACAUACACAUAAAUCCUUCACUACUGUUAGAGCAGACGACAUAAUAUUGAACUAUGAUUUGGGUUCAAGUGCACCUUUAGAGAAUCCGAGUACAAGCGUAAAAGAUACUCUUAACAAUUUAGAUAACAGUUGCAGGAAUAUCGAAGGUCAUGCCAGAAACUUUGAAGCAUAUGAACUACCAGCAAUGUUAGAUAAGAAAGCAGACAAAACAGAGCUUCAAACAUUAAAGACUGAAAUACUUCAAACAUUAUAUCCUAUAGGCUCUAUUUAUACGUCAAUGAACUCAACAAAUCCAGCAACAGUUCUGGGUUUUGGUACGUGGAAGCAGAUUGUAGAUAAAUUCUUAUACUGUGCUAACUCUUCAAAGCAAACAGGAGGUUCGAAGAAAAUUAAAGAAGCAAACCUUCCACCGCACACUCAUACAGGAACUACAAACACAACAGGUAGUCAUUCACAUUCAAUAACAAAAAGAGGUUAUACAAAUCUUGCAGCAGGUUCGGAUAGACAGGGAAUGAAUAGAUAUGAUAUUUCAAGUGACCCAGUAGAUUCAAGCGCAGGUAUUUUCUGUGGAACCACAGGAAAUCAUUCACACACUUUCACAACAAAUCCAACAGGCUCGGGUGCAGAUUAUAUGCCACCAUUUGUGACUAUAUUCGCAUGGUACCGCGUUCAUUAA